GAUAGUCAGGCAGUACUAGCUGAGGGUCCCGAAUUCUAGGCCAGAAUAAGGGGACAGGGCAGGGGCCCCAGAUCCUUGGGUCCUAAAGCAGAAGGACACAUGGACCCCGAAUUCCUGUUCCUGGAAGGGAAGAGGAGGGAGUGGGGACAGGAUUCGCUGGGUGUGGAGGCAGGAGGAUGCUAGGGUACCUGAACUCCUGGGGAUAGCAAGUGUAGAAUCCUAGAUUCUGAUGAAGCCAGACCACUUGGGUCUCUGGGGAGAAGGGAGCUGGCGGCCCAGACUCCUGACCCCCAGGGAGGAGACCCUGUGGGCUCAGAUUACUGUCUCCUGGAAAAGGGGAAGGGAGUCCAAGGGCCUGAACACUGGGUGUAGAGGCAAGAGGGGGCUGGGGCCAGACUUCGGGCUUCUGAAGUAGGUGAGGACUGAAGUCCACAGUUAUGGCUACCGAGAGAGGGCCUCUGUGUGAUGCAGACAUCACGCCGACUGGAAACUGAGGAUGAGAAAGAACCAGUGAUCGCCCCAGGUGAUUCUCUUCCCACCCCAUCUCCUCGGGCUCUCAGGAAGCCCAGGGACCCAGGCAGCCCUGUUUAUUCAGUCCCCCCAGCCUCAUACCCCAAGCCGUGGCUAGGGGCUCACCCUGCCGCAAUUGUAACCCCUGGGGGCAACGUGACCUUGAGUUGCCGGGCACCUCAACCUGCCUGGAGGUUUGCACUCUUCAAGUCUGGAAGGAUCAUCCCUGUGCUGUACCGGGGCGUGUCCAUGGAGCUGGCAGAGUUCUUCCUGGAGGCGGUGACCCCAGCCCAGGGGGGCAGUUACCACUGCUGCUACCGGAGGCUAGGCUGGGGUCUGGGUGUCUGGUCCCACCCGAGUGAUACGCUGGAACUGCUUGUGACAGACGAGCUGCCGCGCCCGUCGCUGGUGGCGCUGCCCGGCCCGGUGGUGGCGCCCGGGGCCAACGUGAGCCUGCGCUGCGCGGGCCGCCUGGGGGGCAUGAGCUUCGCGCUGUACCGCGUGGGCGAGGCGGCGCCGGUGCAGUACCGCCGCUCGGCGCAGCCCUGGGCCGACUUCCCGCUGCGCGGCGCCCGCGCGCCCGGCACCUACAGCUGCUACUACCACACGCCGUCCUCCCCGUACGUGCUCUCGCAGCGCAGCGAGCCGCUGGUCAUCAGCGCCGACGGCUCAGGCUCCUUGGACUACACACGGGGCAACCUCGUCCGCCUGGGGCUAGCCGGCCUGGUGCUCCUCUCCCUGGGCACGCUGGUCUUUUUGGACUGGCACAGCCGGAGUCGCAUCCCAUGUAGUGUUCGGCCCUGAGUCCUGGAGGACUGGAUAUAGAUGCCCUGAAGCGUGAGAAGACUUUCCAGAGGUGGCGAGAAGAAGCAGGGAUUCCCGGGGUUGGACCGGCCCUUGCAAGAGCCCCACAGUUGGGCUGAGCCCAGCUGCUGAAUAAUAAUCUGCUUCAUACUGUGUGUUCUCCCUCCCUUCUGGGCCAGUACCUCCUAGAUCCGUGGAAGGCUCUAUCCGAGGUUAAGGCUUCCCAGUCACAAGGCCUGGGUUCGAUUCCCAGUGCUGCUGCCUCCUCGCUGGGAUACUAGGAAGAUGACCUUUGCCAAGUCUCAGUUGCCUGGACUGUAAAAUGGGCUCACUGAUAAUACUCACUUCCUAGGAUUAUUGUAGGAUUAAGUGGGCGAUACGCACAAAGCCCUUAAAAGCGACUGGCCCAUAGCAAACGCUCAAUAAAUGUUAGCUACCGGAUGAGUGUGGUUUCUACUCAAGGCUCAGGGCUGGAAUGAAGUCACAGUCUUUUUUUCCAUGGUGCCAGCUCCAGCUCACCUUGUAAGCAAUUCGCUGCCACUUCCUUCGUGACAUCAUUCCCGGUCGCCAAGCAAACCUCUUUCAAACCCCUGCUCAGACCUUCCCCAAAGGUGGGCCGAGGUCACAUCAAGUGGAACUUCUCUAAUUACAGCUUCAUUUGCAUGCA